AACCCUCAGGUUUCGGACUGCUGCGGGAAGGAGAUGCAAUGGAAGGAUGCUACACCCGCCGCGGCUUACUAACGAUGAGGCGUAGUGUAAAUAAACGCUGUCCGUUUGGACACAGUUGUCUAUUACUGUGCAUAAGUGUGGAAGGUUGCUAACUCCUAAGUCAGUGAGUAGCUGGCAUAAACUACGUUUUGGUUAUUGUUUGACGAUAAACGCUAGCCGGAGCUUGUCUAAAUUGCUACCUUUUCCAGCUAGCACUUCCUUGCUGGCUAACAUUUAUCACCAAAAGUCCCCAGCCUCAGGAAUGUUUUCCAAAAAGCCCCAUGGGGACGUCAGAAAAUCCACACAGAAAGUGUUGGACCCAAAGAAGGACGUCUUAACGAGGCUCAAACAUCUGAGAAUAGUCAUAGAAAAUGCUGAGUCAUCAGAGCUGAAGCAGUUCUUUGACCUGAACUACUCCCACAUCUACUAUGUUUUCUUUGAGAACUUCAUCACCAUUGAGGUCAGCCUCAAACAAAAGGGUCACAAGUCUCAGAGAGAGGAGUUGGACUCUAUCCUCUUCAUUUUUGAGAAAAUCCUGCAGCUCCUACCAGAGAGAAUCCAGAGCCGAUGGCAGUUCCACAGCAUUGGGCUGAUCUUGAAAAAGCUGUUGCAUACCGGGAACUCUUUAAAGAUCCGCCGUGAAGGAGUGCGCUUGUUCCUUCUGUGGAUGCAGGCAUUACAGAGUCAUGCACAGCGUGAGCAACUCUGUAUGUUUGCCUGUCUAAUUCCUGGCUUCCCAGCUCCACUCUGCCAUGGGUCUCCACACACUUUGGAUACUCUGAUCAACCCACCCCUGAGUUUACUAGAGACUCAGGUGACCCCAGAAGAGAUCACUCCUUUGGUUCCUCCCCAGUCUGGUGACAAGAACCAGGAAGACCUUACUGCUUACUUCCUUGAAGCCCUUUUGAAAUACAUGGUAAACCAGGCCAAGUCCCUCGAGUGGCGUUGUAAAGAGAAUCAUGAACGUGGCUUCAGCUUCCUCUUUGGUAACUUCAGGAAGUUUUACCUUCCUCACAUAUUUCCUAACUUUGCGAUGGAAACCAGCCUAUACAAUCCCAUACUAGAAGUUCCCCCAAUGCGUCCCAAGCCGUAUUACAGUGUGGUGCGUAGGGAGAGUGAAUUUGGUGAAGUGCUCUACUGCACCAAGGAGAGUUUCCUUCAGGCCCGAGUCAUCUUCAUCCGUUGGCUAGUUUCCUUUUGGCUGGAGCCACGACCCAACACACAAACACAGAUUCCAGGAACAGAGGGCGAGAACGUCCCUAAGAACAUACAGAGAGCAGCAGCUGGACUCGCUGCUCGCUCUGCUGCAAGCUCUGAUGAUGGCAGCGGGGUUGGUUUGCGGUCUGACAACCACUUGGAAGGAAGCGGGGGCUCAUCUGGACAUGGAGGAGGCAGCAUAUCUAUCGGCGGAGGUAUCGGCCCUGUGGGGGAAUCUGAACAGUGCCACUCCAACACAUCUACACUGACAGAGCGGGAGCCGAGCUCCUCUUCUUUAUGCUCCAUGGAUGAAGAACAGCUGACAGACAUGGAGGUGGUGAGAAGAGUCCUCACAUGCUCCAGAAUCAGCAUCAACUUCAUCACUGAGAUCUUCAGACAGGCAUUUCUCCUUCCCAUGUGUGAAGCUGCUGCCAUGCGAAAAGUGGUCCGAGUCUACCAAGAGUGGAUCUGCAUGGAGGACAAGCCGGUGUUUAUGAAAGAGCCAGAAGAGGGCUCAUAUCCCAUAGCAACAGCCAGUAGUAUGGACACAGGCUCAGACAAAGAUGAGGAGGGAAUGAAUAUGAUGAUUGAUAACGAGUUGCUGGAGUACAGUGUUCAUGCUGGAGUUCAAACUACACUACAGGUAUUUAUUACUCACUCUUCUAAUGUUUUCUUACUGGAGCCAGCCAACGACAUCAGGUUCCUAUUAGAGGAGCAUGUUGACAUGUGCAAGCGAGUCUUGAACAUCUACCGCAGCCUUGUCAUGCAUGAAACCAUGGACCAAAAGACAUGGGAGCAGAUCCUACUUGUUCUGCUGAGGGUGACUGAGACAGUGAUGAAGAGACCUCCAUCUAUUAUGCCCCAUGGCAAGAAGAGGAACACACUGUCAGAUAGGCUGGCUGGACCAAUUUUUCAGACAUUGAUUGUAGCCUGGAUUAAGGGGAACUUAAAUGUCUACAUCAGCAGAGAGCUAUGGGAUGACCUCCUUUCCGUCCUGUCUUCUCUUACUUGCUGGGAGGAGUUGGUAACUGAAUGGUCCCUCACCAUGGAGACGCUCACAAAGGUCUUGGCCAGGAACCUGUACAGUGUUGAUCUGAAUGAGCUACCCCUGGACAAGCUCAGUGAGCAAAAGCAGAAGAAACACAAAGGCAAAGGUAUCGGUUCAGAAGGCCAACGCCCAGUGGUGGAUCGUUCCUUCUCUAAAGGUUGGAGCCGAGACCAACCAGGUCAGGCAGCAGCCAUGAGACAACGCAGUGCCACCACAGCUGGUUCACCAGGCAUUGAAAAGGCCAGGAGCAUUGUACGUCAAAAGACUGUAGCUCUGCGUAGCUGUUCUACGGGGGACUCUCUGCUGUCCUCAGCCUUUAUCCGGAGUGCUAAGAGUGCUCCUACUCUGGCUCCGCCUCUUCCUGUCCUUCUCCACCACCACCACCACCCUUUACCCCCCCUUGCUGACCAGCUGGCAGACCUGGAGGACCCGCCAAUCACGUUGGCAUCCCGCUCAUCUCGGAUGCGCCACUUGUCCCAGACCGAUGAGACCCCUCCGACCUCGUGCUCCGAGGUGUUCCAGGGAGGUGCUUGUGAGCUUGAUAACCCUGCCCCUUCGUCACUUGCAAGGAGCAGCAGUGCCUCUGACAUCAUGGAGCCUUUCAUCGCCGAGCGGGUCAAAGGUGAAGACCCACAGGGGGAUGCCGGUUUCAUUCCAAAGUCCUGUCACCCUACUGCUACUCCCUUACUCGCAACCAGUAGCCUCGCAGCUCAGUCACACCCACGUCCGCACCACUCCUCCUCUUCUUCUCCCUUUUCCCACCCCAAUGGGGAUGUUCCCUCAACCUCUCAGGAACAAGAUGAUGACGUUGGCUCUCAAAGCCAAGGUUUGAGUUCUGAUUGGGUAAGAAACUGGGAUUCUGCCUUCACGUUUUCUUCUGACAGUUAUGUUGCGGAGGAGAAUGAAGGGAGAGCUAUGCAAGAGGAGGAGGAUUUAUUUUCCUCUAUUAGGGAUUAUCUCACUCACAAAGCAGUUGAGAAAAAUGAGGCAGUUGUAGUGGCAGCCAGUCUUGCAUUAGAAAGCAAUGUUCAAACUUCUUUUUUAGCAAAAAACGGUGCAGCUACCAGAGAAUCCAAUUUCAUACAAGAGGCACAAAAAGGUCGUAAAGAAGAUGGGCAGGUAAGUAAUUCAGUGAGGCAUAGCAGUGUUGAUUCUGCAGUGGAGAUUGAGGCGGCUCAGUGGAGCAUCUACGAGUGUCUAGAAAUGCAAAGUCAGUGGCCAUCGCUCUGUGCGAAAGGGAGCUCAGAAGGACACAUUGGUGAGACUGACAAAGGGGAAGUAAGUGAAGGGACCACAGUUGGAGGAGCAGAGUGGGAAGAAAAAAGUCAUAUUUCGAGGGAAAUGGGAGACAAAAAGGAUGAUAAAAAUGCAGCUGCAAACGAACCACCCUUUUUAAUUAGACCAGACUCUAACACGGUAGAAUCUAGCACUGAAGCAGCACAAACUCCCCAAACCUCAGACUCUACUAAGCCCAAAACGAGCCGUAGUCACGCCAAGAGACACCACUCUGGUGGUGUCCACGUUAGCUUUAGACCUUCCACCGAGUCGGUGCAGUUCCACAACCCCCUUGAGAAUAAAGAAGCCCACUGGAAAGCCAGGCUGCGCCGUCUCAGCCACUUCCACACCCAUAGCCAUUCAGCGGGCGAGAGGCCAGGAGCUGGGGCAGGAGCAGGGGGGAAGCUGGGAUUAGGCAGUGCAGGUAAGUUCGCCCCUGCGGUUGGUAUUGGCCACAAAGUAGGAGGGCAUGAGAGACUGGAGGUUAGUGGAGGCUUGGAAAACACGACUGGAACUGGAGCAGGGGAAAAGGACAAACCGCAGCACCCAGGACCCAAUUUGGUACACGAGGUGGAGGCGAGCACUGCAAGUACUUCAGGGGUACGAGGCCGCUUGGGACGGUCUGCCUUGCGCUCUCGGGUCUCGCGCUCUCGGUCCCAAGAGCCCGGCAGUUCUGUCUCUCGACACCACCAAGGAGCUCUCCUUGGCGGGGUGUAUAAAACUGUGGUUCAUGCUUUGUCCUCCAAGCCCCGACCACGAGGUCAGGGGUCAUCCCAAGGUUCGUCGCCACAGCGGCAAGGGCGGGCGGCAAUGGGUGACGCAUCACUAAGAGACCUCUACUCCCAUGUCCUCGGCUACUUUGGACGAAAGUCAACCACGUCAGCCAACAAAGAAGAGAUGGUCCAGAAAGUCCGUCCAGUCUCCACUGAUGUCGGAAGCAGCAACCCUAAUUUCUCUGAUCUCAUGGAUGAGUUUAUCCAGGAAAGACUGAGGGCGAAAGGAACAACAGACCGCCGUGGCAGCAGCCCAAGCAGUCUAGAAGUUCCACAGGACCUGCCAGAGCUACUGGAGGCUAGCCAAAGUCCUGGAUCGCGACCCCCAGAUGACCACAGGCCGAUUGAUGAUCCGGGAGUUCCAUCAGAGUGGACUUCUCCUGCCAGUGCCAGCGGCUCAGACGUCGUCAGUUCUGACAGCCAGUCUGACUCUUUCAAUGCUUUUCAAUACCCCACAUGCAAGUUUGAUAACUUUGCGUUCAAUUCGGAACCUAGCAGAGGUGGCUCAGGAGGAGGAGGUCGUGGAAGCUCAUUGGAUCAAGAUAGCCUUGGAGGUGCCAUUGCCUGCGACGAGCAUGAAGUAGCAAGUUUGACAACACUUCAUAUCGACUCUGAGACCAGCAGCCUUAGCCAUACAGUCACCGUCACUGGUUCCGAGAGUGUGUCUCCUAUGCAUUCUCUUGGGGGUUCUCGUUCCCAGACACCCUCCCCUGCCACACUUACAGCAGAGCACAUUGAUCGUACACACUCUCACUCACACACACACUUACAGCUGGACCAGAAGCUCCACAACUCUGUGCUGCAGACCCCAGAUGACUUUGAAUCCAGUGAGUUCCCUGGUGUUGACUGUAGCGUGAUGGCAGGGGGCUCCCUCACUGGAUGGCACGCCGAUGUUGCUACAGUAAUGUGGCGGAGGAUGCUGGGUAUCCUGGGAGAUGUGAAUAGCAUCAAAGACCCAGAGAUCCAUGCUCAGGUGUUCGAUUACUUAUGUGAACUCUGGCAGAACCUGGCAAAGAUCAGAGAUAAUUUGGGCAUUUCUCAUGACAACCAGUCAUCCCCCCCACCACCUGUUUUAAUCCCUCCUUUAAGAAUCCUCACUCCUUGGCUCUUUAAGGCCACCAUGUUGACUGAGCAUUAUAAACAGGGAAAACUUCAUGCCUAUAAGUUGAUCUGCAGGAUUAUGAAGAGACGGCAAGAUGUUUCCCCAAACACAGACUUUCUGACUCACUUUUACAACAUCAUGCACCAAGGACUCUUACACCAAGACCAAGACAUUGUAAACACCAUCAUCAAGCACUGCAGUCCGAGGUUCUUUAGUAUUGGUCUACCUGGAGCCACUAUGCUGAUUCUGGACUUCAUCAUUGCAGCUUCUCGGGUCACCUCUUGUUCAUCAUUAAAUGCUCCAAGAGUAGAAGCACAAAUCCUUCUUGGGUCUCUUGUGUGUUUUCCAAACUUCUAUUGUGAGCUCCCUGCCCUUCAUCCCACCACAGCUGAUGUGGCACUUACAAAGUUUCCUGACAUCAAGGAGCACAUUAUCAAAACUAUCCUGACCUCUGCCAGAGAUGAACCUUCUGCUCCAGCUAGAUGUGUGGCUUUGUGCAGUCUGGGAAUCUGGCUGUGUGAAGAGCUAGUUCACGGAACUCAACAUCCACAAAUCAAAGAUGCUCUCAACGUCAUCUGUGUAACUCUGAAGUACCCAAAUAAAAAUGUUGCACUGGUGGCAUCAGACAUCCUUCACCUUUUGAUCAGUCAUGCAGAUCAUCUUCAGAAAUUCCCCUGUGACACUCCCAAGAAGAUAGUAGAGAUUUUGAUUGCUACUAUCACGCACUUGCUACCUACUACUGAGUCCUCCCCUCAGGAACUGGAUAAGAGGCUGGUUGUGUCCCUCCUGUUGUGUCUGUUGGAUUGGGUCAUGGCUCUUCCGCCGAAGACUCUGCUUCAACCUGUUGAAAUGCAAAGCUCUGCAGACAAGGAGCAGUCGCCAAAAUCCCUGCUCAGCUGCAUUUAUAAGGUUUUGCAUGGCUGUGUGUAUGGCGCCCAGUCUUUCAGCAGCCCCAAGUAUUACCCAAUGCAGCUGUCAGAUCUGGCAAGUCCAGACUAUGACCCUUUUCUGCCUUUGGAGAGUCUUAGAGAACCAGAACCGCUCCACAGUCCCGAUUCUGAGCGCUCCAGCAAACUCCAACCUGUCACUGAAGUCCAUAGUCGUAUCCAGCAGGGUCUGGUGUCUAUCGCAGCCAGGACUGUAAUUACCCACCUUGUCAACCAUCUCGGGCAUUACCCGAUGUCUGGAGGACCCGCUACCCUCUCCAGUCAGGUGUGUGAAAACCAAGACAACCCAUACUGUGAGAGUGUAGAUCUUGGACCUGAACUAUUCCACUCUCCAAACCUCCAGUUCCUAUCUUUGAACGGAUCAACCCUGCUCUCGGUGCUUCAGAUCCGGUCAGAGUCUGGCGUGCCAGGAGGUGGAAUGACAGCCGGUUUGUCUUCUGUUCCCACUUGUGUUCGCGUUAUCAUCCGGGAUGUAGCCGGAAAGCAUUCCUGGGACUCUGCUGUUCUCUAUGGGCCCCCGCCAUGCAUACCGAGCAGCCCAGGACACUCCCUUUUGACAAACACGCAAUCUUCUCAUGGUAUAAAUCUCCAUUUGGACACCCCAACCAAAAAUAUGGCAUUGGAAAAACAAGACGAGAGUCAGGAAGACCAGCAUGAAGAGCCAGAGGGGGGAGGAUGUGAGAAAGAGGGCGAAGGACUUGAUUUGGAGGAAGAGGUGGAAGAUGGGAGCAAAGCUGCCAGAGAUGAAAAUGUGCAGCUCCAAGUAACUGGGGAAGAAGAGAAGAAGCAAAGGGAGGAUACCAAGGAACAUAGCAUGGUUGGGGAGGGGGAUACGGAGGGCUUUGAGCAGCUUCUAGCUCCACCACUGGCAAAACGGAUGUGUCGGGAGGUGGUGCCAGCAUGGGAUUCACUGGGGGAAGGAGAUGAUGCCCUUGAUGAAAUGCUGCAGUACCUUGGUUAUUCGAGUCCUGAGUGUCUACAGAGGGCAGGAAUGCCACUUAAUAUCCCAGUCCCUCCACCAGCUUGUGUUUCGGAGAAGCAGGAGAAUGAUGUGAUUAAUGCCAUCUUGAAGCAAAGUGCCGCCGAGCGAGAGUUUGUCCUCCAUAGAGGUGAGGAGUUUAACAUGAGAGCAGUGGAGCAGAGUGAACCAGAGACUCGUACACCUCAGUCAGCCUUCUACUACUGCAGGCUACUGAUCAAUAUCCUGGGGCUCAACUCCUGGGAGAAGAGGAGUAAUUUUCAUUUAUUGAGAAAAAAUGAGAAGCUUUUGAGAGAGCUGAAGAACCUGGACUCACGGCAAUGUCGAGAGACGCAUAAGAUAGCUGUAUUUUACGUUGCUGAAGGCCAAGAAGACAAACACUCCAUACUCACCAACACUACGGGCAGUCAGGCAUAUGAAGACUUUGUUUCUGGACUGGGUUGGGAGGUUGACCUCACCACUCACUGUGGUUUCAUGGGGGGUCUGCAGAGGAACCGCAGUACUGGCCAGACCACACCUUACUAUGCCACCUCUACCACUGAGGUCAUCUACCAUGUCUCAACCCGAAUGCCCCAUGAUCAGGACCACAACCUCACUAAAAAGCUUAGACACCUGGGUAAUGACGAAGUCCACAUUGUUUGGUCGGAACAUUCCAGAGACUAUCGCCGUGGGAUCAUCCCUACUGAGUUUGGAGACGUGCUGAUUGUCAUUUACCCCAUGAAAAACCACAUGUAUUCCAUCCAUAUCCUUAAAAAACCUGAGGUACCAUUUUUUGGGCCACUGUUCGACGGCGCCAUUGUAGACAUGAAGAUUUUGCCAACAAUGGUCAGGGCCACAGCCAUCAAUGCCAGCCGAGCACUGAAAUCGCUCAUUCCUCUUUACCAGAACUUCUAUGAGGAACGUGCCCGCUACUUAGAAACCAUUGUGCAGCAUCAUCAGGAGCCAACCACCUUCGAGGAUUACGCAGCUCGUGUCUACAGUCCAGCUCCUUGCACUCACCUACCUGCUGACACAGAGGAGCAUAGUGUUUUGUACCUGAGGGUCCCUAAACCCAUGGAUAGUUUUAGAUUCAGGGUGAAGGGCAAAGGUUUGAAGAAGAAGGUCCUUCAUGCCAGCUGUGAAUGGCUCCUGCCUCGAGAGUCUUCGGUCAGAAAGUCCGGCACUUGGGGAGGCCGGGAGCGACUCGGCGUCCCCCAUGUCUCCUCGAACUAGCAAGACGCGUAUGUCCAUGAAGCUCCGACGGUCCUCCGGAUCAGCCAAUAAGACUUGAUGUGUCCCAUUCCAUACCACCUCAUAUUGGCUCACUCCAUAAGACUAUAAGCUUGAAUUUAAACGAACUGCAGUAAAUUCAGUGUUUAAUGUUGUCAAGUUUGACUGCUCUGGGGCCACACUAUAUAGCCUUAAGUGGACAGAAACAUAUUACUCCAGAAAUUAUUGUAAUUGUCUAGACGUGCUACUGUACUUUGAGGGAAUUUACUAAACUGCAAUUUUAUUUCAAACGGUUCAAGCUGAUGCGUUGAUAUUCAGCUUUGUCCAGUUAAACAAAAACAUGACACCAUGCAACUCCUGCCCAUUGAGGACAAUAUGAGGCUAAAGUGUGGCACCCAGCUGGACUUAUUCAUUGACAUCAAGCAUGUCUGCUCUGUUUGCGAGGUUGUUAACACCAUUAGAUAUCGUGUGUACACACACAUAUAUAUAUACACAUAUAUAUAUAUAUACACAUGUAUAUAUACAUAUAUAUAUGUGUGCGUAUAUACAUAUAUGUAUGUGUAUAUAUACUGUAUAUGUAUGUGCGUAUAUAUAUAUAUAUAUAUAUAUAUAUAUAUAUACGUGUGUGUAUAUAUAUAUAUAUAUAUAUAUAUACGUGUGUGUAUAUAUAUAUUUAUAUAUAUGUGUAUGUGUGUGUGUUUGUAUAUAUAUAUAUAUAUAUACAUAUAUAUAUGUGUGUGUGUGUGUAUAUAUAUAUACAAUAUAUGUGUAUUAUAUCAGGUCAACUUUUGGUCUCAGUGCACCAUCAUGUCUAGAAGGUUAAAUAUAGCGCUCUCUAAUGUACAUAGAAUUUUUAAUUAGUUUGUUUGUGUUCAUAACGAUAGAAAGCCUGCAGCUCUCGAGCCAAAAAAAUUAAAAAAUUCUGUACAUUUAUAGGUCAAACUGAACACAGUAUAUGUGCUGUAAAAAUGUGGACAAGCACUGACGUUUGUUUCUUUUAUUUUCCCUCUGGUCUGUUAAGUUUUGUUUUUUGUAUUAUUUCAUUUGACUGAUUCCCUUUCCGACAUAAAUGUCCCUUUAUUUUGUCAAGUCACCGGAUGCAACAAAACUACUUUCUCUUUGUUUGCACCUCAGAGUUUAAAUGUAUAUAUAUUAAGAUAUAUUAAUAGCUAUAGGGUGAUAUGCUGCUUUGUGUCGAUAGCUGCCGAAACCAAACGUGGAUUCAGACUACAAGAUUUUAUGCUCCCAUAUCUCUUUUAUAACCAGAAAGCACUUCAAUCUUGAAUAAAAUGCAAAAUGUUGCAUGGUUUAGCUCAAAUACUAUAGAAAACAACCUUAUUCCAUGGCCAAACACAUGAAGUAUACACAACUAUUGGAUUGGUUGAAUUAAAUCCUUUUUUGCUGACUAAACAAAAGCUAAAGUUGAAGUGCCUUCAAAUGUUUUGAAAAUAUCUGAGGGGUUAAUUGGGCAUGGAACCAGGAAAGAGAUGUCCAAGAACUGCUAUCCACUGCUUUGGGUGUAUUUGAUGUUACAGUAUGUUUAUUUGUGUCGGCCAUAGAUUUUCAUUAUAGAGAAAUUUUGUGUAAAAUAAUCCAUGGUUCACACUCUUCUCAACGUGUUUUUAGCACAGGAGCAAUCCCAACCUGCAGUCUUUAAGACAGAACCUGUUAAAUGAUCCUAAACCUGUAAAUGCACUUUUUGGUCAUUACCAGUGGCUUCAAUCAUUCACAUCGAGGUGAGACUUUCAAGUCGCAUGGAAAAAAAGACAAUAUCUCAAAAUAUAUUUCAGUCUAUUGUCAGGUCAAGCAAACAAUACAUUUAUUGAUUGAGAGUAAUUUGAAAUUAUCUACUGAGAAAAAGAUCACAGGUAUUCUUACAAGAAUUAGAGAAUUUUCUCUUUUUAUUUAACUUUCUGCCGACACUAGACUACGUCUUGUGUUCUUUUUUUGGCUGACUUUGACAAAAUGACAAAUUAUUUCUGUGCUCCACGUUAGGAUAUUGCUGAUGUAUUUACUGUAUGCAAGGCAUGUAUUGAUGCGGCUCUUUCUCACUCACACACACACUCACUCCGUAAACCCUUAUUGUCAAUACCUGUAUACCUGUUACAUCUACAGCACAAACACAAAAAGCAUGGAUGUGUCAUGAUUUGUUGACAAUAAAUGAUACGUAUCAUCUAA